AUCGCGUGGCGUAUAGAAGCAGUACCUGUGACUUCCUGUUUAUAUAAAUCGUUCUUCGGUGAUGCAGUGUUUAGUGAUACAAUUUCUGAAAUACGAAUUGUAUGGAUAAUAUAAUUUGAAGUAAGGUGAACUUAUUGAAGGUGCAACGAUCGAGAUGUGUUUGUUUCGAAAGUGGUUUUGCUGCUUUGCUUUGAAUUCACUGCUUGUAGUGCGUGGAUUUAAUCUAUCUCCAAAACAUGCAGUAGUUUUCAAGGAUCCGAGUGGACAGGAAGGAAGUUAUUUCGGUUUAAGCGUAGCUCUUCAGCUAGAUAACUGGUUGUUGGUCGGGGCCCCCCGAGGGAACUCAACUUACGAAAACCACACACAAAUCAUAGAACCUGGAGUCCUGUACCAGUGCCAACUGGAGGGAGAUAAGAAAUGUGUACCCCAGCUCCUUGACUCAGAACGAAACAACAAAAAUUCACAAAGUAAUUAUUUACAACACAAAGAUAACUCCUGGAUUGGUGGUUCUGUGGACGUAAUUGAUAAACAAAAUGGAAAAAUUGUGGUCUGCGGGCCACGUUGGGCGAACCUAUUUUACUCGUCAAAAGGACACGGAUUUGUUAAUGGAAUCUGUUACGUCACAAACACAUCGAGUCCUGAAAAGAAUUCUGAAAAACUGAUGCCACUUAUUAAACCCUCCGAUAUCUGGUACAAGAAGAAACCAAAAGAUAUAAAUAUGGAAAAAAAUAUAUCGUACUACUCUGCUUUCGGACAAGCCGGAAUAUCUACUCAUUUUACCAAGGAUGGAGAUGUACUGAUAGUCGGUGCCCCUGGAGUUAUGGAUUGGAGAGGUACAGUUAUACGUUACAAGACAAACGACUAUCUAAAUCCGGUUAUACCAAACCCACUGAGGACGUCUGAGCUGAGAAGUUUCUCAUAUGUCGGUUACUCAGUCUCGUCAGGGAAGUUCUUCAAUGGGAAGAACAAGACGUACUACGUUACUGGGGCACCGAGGGCAGGCAACGAAUAUCAAGGAAAGGUAUACAUUUUUGAUUACCACGUCACUGACAAUAAAAAUGAUGAGUAUCGAUUAGAGGUCAUUGGUAAGCUUAAAGGAAAGCAAGUUGGCGAGUAUUUUGGUGCUGCAGUGUGCACUGUGGAUGUGAACGGGGAUGGACUCGAUGACAUAUUGGUAGGAGCCCCUCAUUACGGUGAUAAGAAGACUUGGGACCGUGGCCGACUUUAUGUCCAUCUUGCAACAGCGACCGGAGGCAACUUGGAGUUCCGUGUUGUGGAGGUGGUUGGCUCCCGGCUGUCGGGGGCCCAGUUCGGCUCCGCUGUGGCUGGUCUAGAUGACAUCAAUAAUGACGGCUACAACGACUUUGUUGUUGGAGCACCACACGAAGACGAAGGAAGGGGUGUGAUAUACAUAUUUCAUGGUAGACAAGACACCCAAAGAUGGGAAUUUUCACAGCGGAUCGUUGGUAAAGAGGUUCAUACUGAUAUUCUGGGAUUUGGAAUUAGCUUCUCAAAGAGUUUAGACAUUGAUGGAAACAAUUAUUCAGAUUUUGCAGUUGGAGCAUACAAAUCAGGACACGCCAUAGUGUUGAAGUCUCGUCCAGUAAUUACGUAUACAGCAACAUUAAGUCCAAACGUCUUUAGCAUUGAUUUCGAUGCUACCAGCUUUAACGUCACUGCUUGUGUAACUUACAGAGGCAAGCACGUGCCAUCAACUGUCCAAACGCGAGUUAUCUUAACACUGGACAAAAAUUACCAGAGGGUAACACCAAGGACUUUCACAGACGUGUUAACAGUUACAAAGAACGAAACCCAAUGUAUGGAGCACAGCGUGCGAAUCGAGAACUCUCUUCAUGAUUUCUCGAAACCUAUCAACCUGAUGAUGAAAUAUUUACUGGAUGACAGCUCGAUUGGUGAUAAUUUCUGCAAGUUCUGUCCAAUGGUAGAUCCCAAGAAACCAUCUUCUGUAAUCUCGGCGUUACCAUAUGCCACCGGCUGCCGUUCCAACAUCACUUGCAAGCCAGACCUCAAAAUCACAGCAAACUUCAUCAACCAUUUUGGGUGGUCACUGCCGACUCCGCUGAUAUUCGGGUCUCAACCUUCUGUGACCAUGAGGGUGUCAGUAGAAAACAAUAUGGAGCCAGCCUUCCUCGCCUAUGCACAAAUUUCUCUGCCAUUUCCCUGUUCUCUUGUCCGUGUUCCAAAUUCGUGUGAGACACUCAAUGAUAAAACUACGCCUGAAUCUACGAAUCAGCUGAAAUGUCUAAUGGGGAAUCCUCUAGCUGAAGGAAAGAAGAAUACCAUGGAUUUGGAAGUAGAUAUACAAAAAGUAGAGAGCGGAACGGACAUGAUUGUGUUCAGUUUGAUGGCGACGAGCGCUGGUACGGAAAUGAACCCUAGCGACAACUUCAAGAACUUAUCAUUACAACUCACAACGCUGACGGACAUCGGUUUAACAGGGUAUGCAGAUAGAGAUGGAAUUGUUUACGCAAAACAGAACAAAACAAAUGAUACACAGACGGAAUUCCUUCAUGUUUACGAGUUCAAGAACUUCGGUCCGAGUCCUUUGAAGAAAGUGGAACUCGUAUUCGAAAUUCCUCUAUCACAUGCAGCCGCCAAAGACUUAUUUGAACUCUAUAAAAUUGAGACAGUGAACGAUUCGAAAAUUGUAACAUGUGAGAGAUCUGACGUCAAUAUUUCCACCACUGUAGAAGACGCAACAGCCGAUAAUCAGAGCACAUCGGGAGAUAAGUACACCACAGAAAGUAGCAACAGUUCCGAACUUGAGGACACAGUUCAAAACCUUCGAGCCCACAACAUCGAACCAGUCCUGGUGGCACCGAAGGGAAAUCUUCCGGAGGACAGAACAUUUUCCAUCAACUGCGAGCAACCAGAUACUACGUGCGUCACAGUACGAUGUAGUAUCGAUGGAUCGAUCGACGAAAAAUCCAAGACAGAAUUAAAUAUAAUAAUGUUGGCUAAUUUAGAGAAUUUAGAAUCUUCUCUGGGGGACAGAGAAAUUGUCCUUUUCUCUACAAGUGGUAGAUCGACUAUCCAUAGUCCAUCAAACGUACAGCAGACAGAGAAAAACAGACCUGAUAACGCCAAAGUCACUACAACAUUUCACGGGAAAAUUAAGGAACUCGGAUUUAAUUAUGCGUUACUUGGCUGGGCAGUUGGAGGUUCUUCCCUGCUACUUAUCUUCAUCGUCAUAAUCCUCUGGAUGUUUGGAUUUUUUAAGAGGAAGCGACCAGGGGCACAGUAUAAAGCACUCUUGAAAAGAAAUGUGGACGAUUAAGAACUACAUUUAAUCACGAAGAACUUUGAGGUACUGAGAUGUCAAACAAGUUUUUUAAUAUCAGAUGAAGAUAUUUUUAUCCAAUGGGGCCUCUAAUCGGGGGCAUUUUUGUAGGAAGGAUCCUUCAAAUUAUUUUUGUACUGACCGUACGCGAACUUCAUGUGAAUAGUUUACUACGAAAUGACAAGUGUUCCGUAUAAGGUAGUUUAGGAAUAGUGUUACUUUAUUUUGUUUAGUGUACUGUAGUUUAGUUCAAUUCACAUUGAUUUGUUUAUGUCACAAUGAGUUUUUAAACGCAAUUUUUAAUUAUAUGUACAACCUAUUUUAAUAUUCAGUAACUUCCCAUUUUGGCCACAGUGUGUAUUUAAGAGUUUUAUAUAUUUAUCAAGAAUAAAGACCAAUAAUUUACAAGACA